AGCUCAAAUGCCCUAUUUGUUGCUGCCGGGCUGCAUUACUUUCAACGUGCGGGGCCACUUCAUAGCAUAACAACUUUUGUUUUGUUUCAUACAUUUGCCCUGUCUGAGAGUACCAGCUGGACCGAACAUUACGAAAAGUUUGAGCCCUUCUGUCUUUUGAAAGGGGACAAAAAACACCGCGUUUACUUUUUGUUGUUCUUAAGCAAAAUGCCUCAGCUCAACAGUGGUGGAGGAGAUGAUCUUGGAGCUAACGACGAAAUGAUUUCCUUCAAGGAUGAAGGCGAACAAGAUGAGAAAAUACAAGAGAGCGCGUUCACUGAAAGGGAUUUAGCUGACCUGAAGUCGUCCUUGGUGAAUGAGUCGGAGAUUAAUCAGAAUCCAAACAGCGUCGCGGGUCCCGGGGCAAUCCGACGUGGACAUCAGGAUGAACACAGAGUAUACUCAGACAAACACAGAGAUCAUCUCGACGACGUGUCUAAACACCAAGAUGGAGGAAUGUACAAAGCGACACCCUAUUCGGGAUACCCGUUCCUGAUGCUGCCUGACCCAUACCUCCCCAACGGUUCUAUGUCGCCAUCUUCAAACAAAGUGUCAGUGGUCCAGCAGCCCCACGGGAUGCACCCCAUUACGUCACUGCUCCCCUACAGCAACGACCACUUCAACUCCAGCUCGCCGCACCUGCCCACAGACAUGAGCCAGAAACCAGGCGUUCACAGGCACCAGUCCCAGGACCUCUCGGGCUUCUACCCCCUCCCCCCUGGCGGAGUGGGACAGAUCACCCCCUCCGUGGGCUGGCAAAGUCAGCCUGUCUAUCCCAUCUCCUCCUGCGGAUUCAGGCAGCCAUACCCCUCCAGUCUCCCCAGCAGCUCCUCCUACUCCAGGUUCUCCCCCUCUUUGGUGCUGGGGCCCUCUGGCAUGCAUCCGACAGGGAUCCCACACCCUGCUAUAGUGCCCCCUACUGGCAAACAGGACCAUGAGCAGUACGACAGAAACAUGUAUGCCAAGCCCCACCCGGAGCCCAAGCGGGAGAAAGAGCCAAAGAAGCCGGUAAUCAAGAAGCCGCUGAACGCCUUCAUGCUCUACAUGAAGGAGAUGAGGGCCAAGGUGAUCGCAGAGUGUACCCUGAAGGAGAGCGCCGCCAUCAACCAGAUCCUGGGGAGGAGGUGGCACGCCCUGACCAGAGAGGAGCAGGCCAAGUAUUACGAGCUGGCCAGAAAGGAGCGGCAGCUCCACAUGCAGUUGUAUCCAAGCUGGUCCGCCCGGGACAACUACGGAAAGAAGAAACGAAGAAAAAGAGAGAAGCAGCCGGACUCCAACUCAGGAGGAAAAAGAAGUGCGUUCGCUACCUUCAAGGAGGACGGUGCGCAAGCCCCCAUUCUUCCGAUGGAAGUGCUAUAGACUCGCCCCCUUCCCCCGUCAACUCCGCCCCCGCGCUCCUCUCCCUGCCCCAU